CGCCGGCUAGUAUCGGUUAAACAGGUGACAGAGGUACCUAAUAGCCACCCACGUUUGGUGCUAUUUCGUUUCAUCCCACUUAAGUGUACGUGCGCAGAUGCGUGUGUCUACCUGCAGUUUCCACGAUUUUCACCCUCUCCCUUCGGAUCGUACACUCGCAGUGAUAAACGAGAUGUGAACCAACGCAUGAGCCCGCUCUACUCCAACUGUUAAUUUCAGCAGAGACGCGGUGCGGAUGCGGUAAUUAUUCCAUAUAUUUUACCGAGAAAUGUGUUGCGAAAUAACACCUGGCGAGGUUCACAAAUCCAGCUAUAACGCCCUAGCCAGGAUCAACAGCAUUCCGGAUUAUUGCAUCCGAGUCAGGAAGAGAAAAGACGUCCGCAGUGAAGAAUAUUGACCGCUAAAAUCAGGCUCUGCAAGAAUGCUGCUGUACUGGCUGCUAGUGGUUGGACAGAACUAGCAGAGCAUCGAAGAUCAUAUCAGGGUCUCGCGCCAAGUGCAGAGUGAAUUCGUACGUGACGGAAAAAGUGAGGGUGAAAAAGACUGAGGGAAUAGAUAAAAAGAGAGUCAGUUAAUUAAUAAGAGGGAGAAAGAGAAGUGCGGAGGAGGCUCUAGGCGAGUGACGAAAGCAUAAAAUCUACAGUGAAAAAAUUCUACCCGGUAUAAAGAAGCGUGUAAAUGCCUGUGCCUGCGUACAUUAUUCAACACACUUACCUCCGCGCGGAAGCAGCCAUGCCACGUCGGAGACCCGUUCCGAUGAUGAACAGCCGAUUGGAAGAUGACAUGAGACGUGUAUAUUUUUAGAAACAUUAAAAAUGCCAGGAUUAGCUACAACGGUAUCUCGAGAAGGAUUAUACCAGCCAAGACAAACGGACUACAGUAUCAUCCCGUACGACCUCAGAGAGGCCGACUGCUCGGGUCGAGCUCUGGCUACUCUCGUCGUCGCCUGGGUCGGCGCAGCACUGGUAGCCUCGGUGCUUCUCAAGUGGACACACAUGUGGGUGGCCCUGGCUGUUCUGACCCUGCUCUUCCUCGCUGCCUGCGGCUAUGCAGCCUGCGACGCCCGCAGGACCCACGAAAGGGCCUUGGCAAGGGAGGAACAGCGGCAACUCGAACGACGUCGCCGGAGGGAACAGCAACUGGAGUCCGUCGCCGGCGGGGGGAUCGACAAUUAUCCAGAGAUCAUAAACCCCCCAGAGUACCAAACGUACUGGGUAUCGGACCUGCCACCCUCGUACAACAUGGCAGUGAACACGACGGGCAGCGUCGGCGGAGCGACGUCGGGACCGGAAGUUGAUACCGAGGCGCCGAUCACGGCACCAAGGCUGUCGAACCCGCCACCAUACGCCGUGGCGAUACAGUCGGAGCCGCUGCUUUUGCCGAUCCAAAACGCACUCCAGAGCGGGCUGUGCGGGGGGGAAAUCCAGCCGGCGGUACACGGGGGGUCCCAAAAUACGGGCCCGCAAGCGGCACAGGAAGGCGGGCAGACCAGCUCGCACAGCGGGAAUUCCGGCCUCCCAAACAACCAAAGCAUGAACACGGCCCCCCGAUUUCUGACGCCUCCACCCCCCCUCGUCAGGGACGAAGAUAAGGUCGGCGAGGGGCCCGAUAGUGGGCAGAACACGGGCAGUGUGGCCCAGACGCGAACCCAGUAUUUGGCGUCCAUCAUCAACUCGACCUUCGGCAGGAGCAGGAGGAUCAACAACGGGGACCAGAAUGUUUCCCUAGGAAACGGGCAGACUGAGAGCCAAAACAAUCGCAACAAUAUUAACAAUACCAACAACGUCACCGGGCAACCACCUCAGUACCCUGCACGACUCUCAGACUGAUGAGACGAACAAUGCGUCUUGAAUGGCCGUGUACCGUCGAAUCCCGGAGAUUGCCGAGGAAUUGAAGCAGGAUUGUUUAAUUGUCCCUCACGAGUUUUUAAAUAAUAUACAUAUGUGCUACAUACCUGCAACAUGGACAUCGGAAAGUGGAUAUUUAUAGGCAUUUAGUUGCAAGUAAGCUGAUAAAUGCGACUAUAUGUAACUGAAUUCAAGAGUCACCGAGUUCCUUCAUUCACGCAAUUUUUAGACGAUAAUCUGUGUAUACGUUAUAAUAUGCGUCAAAGUAUUUUUUAAACUUGUUUAAGCCGUAAACCUAAGAUAUCGUGCGAACGAGACUUAUGUGCAUAAUAACUUUAGAUACAUAUACCUACUAUAACAAAGAAGAAAGAAAGAAAUUUAAUGUCUCGUCAAAAAUAUAUAUUCAUAUAUGCAAUUUUUCAAUAAAUCAUUUAGACUUUUAUACACUUACCUAAAUCACCAUCGAUUUAGAGCUGUGCCUUAAGAUAAAUCUCAUUUACAUUAAGGAUGCCCCGGCAAGUAAAAUUGUAUUACGUCUAUAUUACUAGAAACUUUCAAUUUAUAAACUUCAAGGGAAUAGCUUUAUUUCAGAACUGUGGUCAUUAUUGAACGAGAAUACAUGUAAUGAUCUUUGAUUCACUUUUCCCUCGUAUGCCUACCUUAGCCGUGAAAGCCUUGAUGGGGCGAUAUUUUCCUAUGAAACUUCUAUUGAUUUAA